GUGUAAACACCAUAAUCCAACACUUCUUAUCUUCUACCAAUAUAUAAGCCUCGCCAAACACAUUAAAACUUCAACCUGCAACACUCAAUUUGUUUAUUUUUGCUUCGAUAUACAAAGAAAGUUGUUUAUACCAUGGAAAAGUGGUCUUUGCUUAGCCGCCUAAGGAGGGCCGUGAAGAAGGUAAAAUUCUUGCUAAAUUUCAAUAUGAAUCACUGGCGUAUCGCUUCCAUGAUCAGUGCUUCUCCUAGCAGCCGGAGGCUGAGCUUCACAGAUAGGCCAGGGCUGAGGGCAUGUACAGACGACUAUGAUUCGGAUGAUUCGGGUUCUUAUUCUAGGAGACUCGCUAGGGCAACAAGUUAUCCAUCGGAGGAUGAUAUUGAUAAGAGAGCGGAGAUGUUCAUUGCAAAUUUUCAUAAACAACUCCAGAUCGAAAGGCAGGUUUCUUUGCAGCUAAAAUACCUUCGUGCGCACAGCUUUGACUACAAUUCUCCAUGAUUCAUUCAUUCUUUAUUGGUUCAUUAUUAGUUAUUUUGGAAAAAGAUUUGAAGCUUUUUUGGGGCAGAUUUUGAUGGCUAUUGAUGAUUAAAUUCAGUGUGAAUAGUUUGUAUUGCAAUAUCAAUGCUCAGCAUUUGGUAAUGGACCCCCGUACGUUUUAUUAGAGGUUGUCCAUUAUUGCAAAUUUGAUUUCAAAUUGUAAUUCUUUUUCAAGUUUUUUUUUGAAAAUUUUUAUUGUUUCCUAAGAGAUUGCUAGGAAAAGCAUUCUUUGAAUAUGUUCUGUUGUAAUCAGUGAUUGCCUUUUUCUAUUUAAAAUUUCUGUAUAGAGAUUUGUCUGC